CUAGUGACGCCAAUCACUAGGAAUGUACCCAGUGUUCCUGUUAUUUCUUUCGUCCAUUCUGCGUCCUGUCCACUAGAUGCAAAUAUUUGCAUAAAAAGUCCGAGUGUAGACUAAGGGAAAGAAUGGAGGUUUGUGCGAAUUUUACACUAUCAAAUGUUCACGAACGUUCAGAUUGGUCUGAUUCUGCAGUGGAGCUAUCAGGAAAGGCAAAAAGGAGAUUUGCCGAAAGAGGGCCUGUUUAAUCGGUGCUUUGUGCUGAACUGUUUUACUGCUGCUCAGUGAAGCGUCCCCUUCCUGAUGGGCUCUUACUGAAAAUGAGACUGAAAUGAAAAUGAGGAAAAAGUGAUUAUCUGGGAGUUGCAGGGUCUGAGAAUUCUUGUUGGUGUUGAGAAACCAUCUACAGUGAGAGACAGAGGAAGUCCUUCUGCAAGUGGAAGUCUCAACUUGUCCAGCUCCUUUUAAAAUAAGGAUCAGACCAGAUUAAAUAAUGUUCGGUACAGAAAAAAUUACAGGAAGGACAAAAACUGCAGUGCAUCCAGAACAUCAAAGAGUGGCUCUCCAGCAAAAUCAUCUUCUGAAAAUCCAGUCAAGAGAACUGAACUUCAGUGCAUUAUAGGAAGCAAAACUAAUUAUCACUAUUGAACACUCUCCAAAACCAAUGUUUCGAAAACCAGGGUGAGCUUUGAGUUUACUUAUUCCAGAGGACAAAGGGAUUUGUAUGAGCAUAGUUGCACAAGCCCUGACUUUCACACACGACUGAUAAAAUUCUUGAAGCAUUGGUACAUCCAUUAAGGUAAGAAUCUACUAAAAUCUGAACUGAGGAAGUAGCUUCAACCGUUCUUUUGACUAGACACUCAAAACUAAGUUCAGUGAACAGCAAGAGGUGGGAGAAGAGAUUUUCACACUGUCAGACCUCCUAACAUGGGUAUAUGGGAACCGGCAAGAAUUCAGUUGUAAGGAUUUAAAGUCACAGUGUUGUUGUCAACAUAUGUACAGGUACAUGGGAGAGAAACCAUACAAGUGUGACAUCUGUGGCUGGCCCUUUGCACAGGCGUCUGGCCUUGUGGAACACCUACGCAUUCACACAGGUGAGAAACCAUUCAAAUGUGAAGUGUGUGGCAAUUCCUUUGCACAAGCAUCUACACUCCUGCAACACUGGCGGAUACAUACAGGUGAGAAACCAUUCAAGUGCAAAGUUUGUGGGAAAGCCUUCUUAAAGCAGUCACACCUUGUGGAACAUCACCGCACUCACUCAGGAGAGAAACCGUUCAAGUGCAACAUUUGUGCCAAAGCUUUUGUGACAUCCUCGCGUCUGCUAGAACACCAGCGCACCCACACAGGUGAGAAGCCCUUCAGGUGUGAGAAUUGUGACAAAGCUUUCACACUUUCCUCACUACUUUUGAAACAUCAGCGCACUCAUGCCACUGAGAAACCAUUCAAGUGCAAAAUUUGUCGCAAAGCUUUUACGAAGCCAUUGAUCUUCCGGGUACACAAAUGCAUUGGGAAAGACACAAAGCCCUUCUGGUGCACAGUUUGCAAAAAAACUUUCUGUAACUCAUCGUACCUUCGUGUUCAUCAACGCAUGCAUACAGGAGAAAGACCGUUUCAUUGUAAAUAUUGUAACAAGUGUUUCACGCAGUCAUCAAGUCUCCAACAACACCAGCGUAUCCACACACAGGAGAGACCAUUCAGGUGUGAGAUUUGCAACAAAGAUUUCUGUAACUCCUCAUACCUGCGUGUACACCAACAAGGCCAUACAGAUGAGAGACCAUUCAGAUGUGAGAAUUGUAAUAAAGAUUUCUGCAGCUCAGCAUACCUUGUGGUACACCAGUGUAUCCACACUGGUGACAAACCAUUCAGGUGUGAGACUUGCGACAAAGCUUUCCUGAGCUCGUCAUACUUCCUGAAACACCAGUGUGUCCCAACGUCUGAUAAACCGUUCAAAUGUGAGUUUUGCAAUAAAGGUUUCACACAAUUAUCAGACCUGACAAAACACCAGCAUACCCACACAGGGGACAGACGAUUCCAGUGCAGUAGCUGCCAAAACUGCUUCACCUAUUCCUCCUCUCUAGAAAUACAUAAAUGUACCAGUUUGGGAUAAAAUCUGUUCCACUACCAAGUUCCUCCGUUACAAAGUACUGUGUAUCAAAACAGGGUGAAAAACAUUGUUUUACAUUCUAUACAGGCAGAUCAUACCAUAUAAAGUAUACCAUGGCAAUAGGACAGUGUGCAGAAUACAAUGUUGCAAGCUGAAAAGAAGGUGCAAAGAGAGAUCAGUAUUAAAAUUUGAGAGGUCUGUUCAAAGAUCUGAAAGCAGCUUCAAAGAAUUGUCCAAGUUUUUUGUCCAUACUCCUCACCCUCACCCAGAACCACUGCAACUGUACUGUGAGAACAGCAGAAUUUCCAGUGUGGAUGUCAUCACUCAAACAUCAGGAACAUCUAGCAUUGCUUCUCAUCUGUGUAUCCACAGCAGUAAGAAGCCGUGGAGGUGCACCGCUUUCAGGGCAGCCAUUUACCAAAGUGACCAGUUCAUUCCACAAAGGCAAAACUUCAAACAGUAAUGUCAGUAUAGUGACAGACUGUAUUGGUACGUUUCUGAGCAUAAUUCAAGAAGAAAUAAAUCUAUUCCAAUGCAUCUAUUUUACAAGAACAUGUCAUGUCAUAUGCUUGCAUGAGAUACAUUUCUUGCAGGUAUUCAGAUUUCCAGUUAUGUUUCUUUGUUAUGCUCUUAUUUGACAGACCAUUUUUUUCAAAAAGAAAAUAAUGUGCAAAAGAACACAAGUGUCAGGGUUGUACUUAAAUGCCAAAGGCAAUCUGUAAUAUACAAGGUUUAAAAAGUGGAACAACUUACUAUGUAUUUGUAUAGCUUGUGUUGCAACAUUCAGAAUUAAAAUGAGAUACAUGAGUU